AUGAGCCAAAGUCAAUUGUCUCCUCAGAAAGAGCAGGAAAUUGCUUCUAAGAUUUUGGAACGAGCAGAGCUCGCCCAAAUGACAAGACAGUUGAAACUGGGCCUUAGUAAAGUCGCGACGCCUAAAAAAGCCUCUCGCGAUGCAAAGAGCAAGGUCAGAGUUAGUCCGGUCAAGUUUAGCAUUCCCAAAGUUCAUACAGAGCAGUAUAGAAUAUCACCACUGAAAAGAGAAAGGAAUCCGGAAGAACACAUUGACAACGAUCAUGAGCAAUCCCCCUUAAAGGUGCACAAGAGACCCAGCACACCUAAUGGAGCCGAGCCCAAGGCAAGGAGAAAAAGUAUAAAGCAUGACAGAGACGAUAUUCCUGAAAUUGCGGUACCGCGAACGCCCAGAGCUGCGCAAGAUAACGACGUAGGUGCAGACCUUUUAAUGUAUUUAGCGACCAGUCCAUACACUUCCAAGCAGCAGAACCAGCUUCCAAUUGUGAGCGGCAAUGGAAAGAUGAAAAUUCCCACAACACCUUCGUAUCUAUCCCAGGGCCCGAAUGGCGAUGCGAUUCGCUUGUCACACAUAAAGGCUCACACUACUUCUCCUCACUCUGCCUUUAAGGUGCCCAAUCACACAACCGGUACCACUCUGGGGGGCACACCUUCCAAUAUUUCAGAAUUAAUGGAAUCACCAUCUGUUGCACUUUACAUGUCUCCCUCUCCUAACAAGCGCAAGGUGAGUGGUACUGGUCCACAGACUACACUAGCCAUACCGAGUACACCUUCUCGUGAGCUGCGCUCCUCACAUUUAUUAAAGACGCCCAACUUUAACAUGGGUGACUACGUCCAUAACCUUUUUAGCCCGUCUCCGAGGGUGACGAGUACCUCCUACCACGAUACAAAGAAAGACUAA